AUGCCUCCUAAUGAAUACACCACAGCGUGGGGUACCCAUAGACAUAUCCCCCUAAAAAGUGACGGCGCACAGUUUGAUUCGGACCAAGACAUAUUGAAUGCUGAAUAUCGAUCUAUACCCUUAGAUGAUUUGCAUCUACAAUCGGUAUAUUCCAAGUUCCUGAAUGAGCCAUUGUGGGUGAAACCAUGGUGGGUGCAGCCAUCUCAGGUGCAAGCGACAUUUGUUACGGAACGGUACAACUCACCGUCGAUAUCAUGGGUAGACUUUGCAGAUGAUCAAGACGUCUCCGAGGUAGAUAAACGAACUUAUACAUGCUUCUACCUAUUGGGAUCUGCUCUAGCACUACUGUUCGCCAGCAUCGGGUUAUCAAUCGGGUGGUCGAUUAGUAGCGGCGACGUGUCAGGGGGGGUUGGAAUGGGAUCUUAUAUGCUCGCUAUAUCGAGCGUCAUCAUCGCUGUAGCUACCUACAUGCACCGAUCGAGCUGUCGAUGCUGGGUUCGACGGCGGGUGUCUCCGCCUUGA